AAUACUUCUGUCACCACUGAGUAACAGUACAGCAAAGUCCUGUGAGUGUGUUUGUGUGGAUCUGUUCUGGUCGGACUCUGCAGUGAGGAACACUCAUAAAUAAUAUAAAAAUCAUAAAAAUCAUGAUUAAAGGGCCUGAAAGAAAACGUCGGUGAAUAAAUGACGGCAGGAAAUCUUCAUCAGGACUCAGAGACACGAAGUGGAUCAGCUGAUCAACAGAACCUACAUUAAAAGAUCCAGAGUGGUCGCUAUCAGAACUCCUCGGCUUCAGAUUUGAUCCUGCAGCGACUGACAGACUUUAACUGACACUAAUGUCCCUUCAGUGGAUUAGAACCUGUGGUGAGCCGGGUCGCUGCAGCCUGGUACUGACUGAUCUAAUCUGAGAAGUAUUUGCUAGCAGCAGGAAACAUGAUGGGACGGGUUCAGAGUCUCUGAGGAGCUGCAGGAGUUUACACUUACAUAAGAUGCUAUAAAAAGUACAAGUACUCUGAGCAGUACCUAAGAACAGUUCUAUAGGUUCUGCACUCAGGUACAUUCCACAUGGGGUGUGGACCAUCAGACCCGCCCACCUGAGCUCCUUUAAAAGCAGCACACGACCCGUCUCUCCUCACUUCUCUCCUCCUUCUCCCUCCACCGGAGCAGACAGACCAACUAACUCCUCCUCACCUCACUCCAUUGUCUUAACAAUGCUGAUGUCACGGACCAGCGCCGGUAGCAUCGGCGGGGGACGAGCAUCAUUCGGCGGUGGUGGCGGCCGCAUGAGUGCUUUCAGCAUGUCUGGAGGAGCAGGAGGUGGCGGUGUCAAGGUCUCUCAGGCCAGCAGGAGCUUCUCCAUCGGCGGCGGCGCAGGUUUCGGUGGUGGUGCAGGUUUUGGAGCUGGCGCAGGUUUCGGUGGUGGUGCAGGUUUUGGAGCUGGCGCAGGUUUUGGUGGUGGUGCAGGGUUCGGAGGAGCGUCAAUGGACGACAGCCUCAUCGGCAAUGAGAAGUUCACCAUGCAGAACCUGAACGACCGUCUGGCUACAUACCUGGCCAAGGUGGCGGCGCUGGAGAAGGCCAACGGCGAGCUGGAGCUGAAGAUCCGGCAGUUUGUGGAGAGCAAGGUCGGCCCCACCACCAGGGACUACAGCGCUUUCUUCGUCACCAUCGCAGACCUGCAGGCCAAGAUCCAGGCCGCCAUCAUCGCCAAAGGAACCGUAUUGCUGAGCAUCGACAACGCCAAGCUGGCUCAGGACGACUUCAAAAUCAAGUUCGAGAACGAGCUGACGAUGCGUCAGUCAGUGGAGGCCGACAUCGCCGGGCUCAAGAUGCUGAUGGGAGAACUGGCAGCAGGCAAGACCGACCUGAGCAUGCAGAUCGACAGCCUGAAGGAAGAACUGGUGUCCAUGAAGGCCAACCACGAGGAGGACCUGCUGAGCAUGCGGACCCAGAUGACCGGUCAGGUGAACGUGGAGGUGGACGCUGCUCCACAGGCCGACCUCAACGCGGUUCUGGCUGAAAUCAGAGAAACAUAUGAGUCCGCUGCUGCAAAGAGCCAGCGAGAGCUGGAGACCUGGUACCAGACAAAGUCGGAGGUGCUCAGUAAGGAGGUGGCCACCACAGAAAUGACACUGAAGAGCACGACGUCAGAGGUGAAGGAGGUGAAGACUCAGCUUCAGUCUCUGGAGAUCGAGCUCCAGUCACAGAUGAGCAUGAAAGCCUCUCUUGAAGCCCAGCUCAGUGAAAUCCAGAGUCGCUACGCCAACCAGCUGAGCGGGUACCAGAUGCAGGUGACCAUGAUGGAGGAGCAGCUGGUGCAGCUGAGGGCCGACCUGGAGAGACAGGGACAGGAGUACCAGAUGCUGCUGGACAUCAAGACCAGACUGGAGAUGGAGAUCGCCGAGUACAGGAGGCUGCUGGACGGAGAGGGAUCAUUGUCCUCCUCCUCCACCUUGCUGUCAGCCGGUGGCUCCUCCUCCUCCUCCUCCACCACCACCACCACCGUCAUCACAAAGGUCAUCGAGGAGACCAUCUAAGACCAAUCACACGUCUGUCUGACCGGAAGCGGAGUCAAAUCUCAACCUUUAACUUUCCUGCGUUGGAGAGCUGCAACAUGAUGAAGAGUUCAUCCUCCUCAUCAGCCCGCGGAGUCUCCACCUCACUCUCUCUUUCUGCUGUAACGUCAAAAUCAUCAUCAGUCCACAGAUUCUGAAUCUGUGAGGGGGAAAUUUAAGCUUCCUUGAUAAUGUGGGCUGAGGUCGACCUUAUGUCUGAUGCUUCAAGGAAUAAAACUCAAUAAAACUCAA